GCGGCUCAUUUGAUAUUUACAGGAAAACCCUAUUCAGAUAGCCUGUCAGAACAAUCAGGUUGGUGUGCUGGAUUUAUUACUACAAAGAGAUGUGCCAAUUCUGCCGGGUAAUAUGAAAGCAUGGGAGGAAGAAUCACCGAUCUACAUAGCAUCAAAAUAUGGUCAUGUUGACAUUAUUCAAAAGCUGGUCGAAAAAGAUCCAAGUUUGAUCAAAGAUGAUCAAGUGAGGAACUGUUUGUUGUAUGCGGCUUGUCUCGGUGGUAGCAGGGAUGUUGUGAAGAUGUGGCUAUCACCUGGGGUUGAUAUCAACCACCCCCUACAACUGGUCAAGAGACUUACAGACUGUGAAAAACUCACACCUUUAUUUGCUGCUUGUGCUGGGGGACAUAAACAUAUUAUAGAGUUUUUACACAGUAAUUGUGAAGAGCUAGAGUUCUCUGUCCCUGUUUGUGAAGCACAUCCAGGUAUAAUUGGUGAAUUCCUUCAAAUGUACUUUGUCCCAGAGCAAUCUGAUAAUGAAGAUGAUUUUAUAACGUUGUGUACAGGACAGUUACAAAGAAAGAACCUGCGAAUGCUUCAUCCUGAUUGGUUUAAACAAAAUGGAUACUUAAUGACCUUGGUGGAACUAGACAUUAGCUGUAAUAUGCUCACAGAAUUACCAGAUUGUCUCCCUUGGCACUUCCAGAACCUAAGAAGUCUGAAUGCCUCCAGAAAUCAGAUCAAAUCUCUGACAUACUGUAGUAAUGAGGAUAGUGAAGAAGAUCCUAUAUGUCCAUGUCUUGAAGAGGUCAAUUUGUCAUACAAUAAAUUGGAGACAGUUUGUCGUGAAUUAUUUGAGAUACAGGGAUUACAACAUCUGUACUUGUCUCACAAUAACCUGGUCUAUCUCAGCAAGUCAUUACUGCAUCAAGGGGUACCUCUACAAAAUAGUGUCUCAGUAUUAAAACGCCAUUCUUCAGUGCAAGAAAGGCAUUGGUUGUGUUCAGAUCUGAGAAGGUUGGAUAUUUCCCAUAAUGUACUGGUCAUGUUACCAUUGGAGAUUCAAGCUUGUAAACAACUUGUGAACAUUAACGCAAAAUACAACAAGUUAACAACAUUCCCACAACCUUGGAAUUGUCCACUGGAGCAUUUAGAUGUGAGUCAUAAUCAGUUGGAAAGAUUUCCUGUCAACACAGAGGUAUACUGGAGCGGUAGUCUACGAACCCUAAAUAUCAGCAAUAAUAAUCUUGACGAGAUUAAUGAAGGAAUAGUCAGGCUGAGUCUUUUGUCAGAGUUAGAUGCAAGUGAUAACAAAAUAGAGAGAAUACCUAGCCCAGAGAUCUGGGAAUGUGGACACUUACAUAGCCUGAAUGUAAAACAUAAUAAACUUGGCAUUUUUGAAGAGACAUCAACCAAAAGACUAUUUAGCAGGAAGCGAACAAGUAGUUCAGAAGAUUCCAGACAGGUUUAUUUUCCACAAUCCCUAGCAUACUGUCUGAAAGAACUACGACUAGCAGACAACAGUUUAGACUGUGUCCCUCCAUCUGUUUGUGAUUUAACCAGUCUGGAAGUCCUUGACCUAUCCGACAAUCCUUUGAUAAAGGUGUUACCUAGGGAACUUGGCAAGUUGAAGAACUGUGGUUUACUAAAACUGAAGGGAGUUACAAUAACAAAUGUCAACAUUCCAGCAUCUGGUAAUAAGACAAAAGAGAUUUUAUCAGAAUUGUUGGAAAAUUUACGAGAUUGUCAGCCAUAUAAUAAGAUAAAAGCUGUUGUACUGGGUAAAAAGGAUAAAGGAAAGACAACUCUGGUGAACAUCUUAGCAGGAAAGAAACCUCAAGCAACAAAAGAAAGGAAAAGUAUUGUCAGGGAGGAGGUGACACUAAAUAAAAAGGGAUUUUCAUUAAAGAAGGAAGUGCAGGUGAAGUUGAAUGUAUGGGAUAUGUCAGGAGAUGAAGUCUAUACACAGAUUCAUCACAGCGUAUUUACACCUCUGACAUUGUAUGUCCUUGUAUGGGACUUCUGGUCCAUCACUGAGGAAAUUGAUAAGAUUGAGAAAUGGAUAAACAAUAUCAAGUUCAGUUCAAUAGGUGGCACCUCUAAUAUGUUACAGGCAAGUACAAGCAGUUUCUGCAUUGUGUUGGUUGGAACAUUUAUAGAUAAGUUGUCACCUCUGAAACCUGACACAGUCCAAAUUGUGAAAGAUAGACUGGCACAGAGACUAGGAAAUGAAACACCCAGACUGUGUCCUGUUUCCUGUAUUAAUAAUGAAGGAAUAGAUAAUCUACGCUCAUGUCUGUAUGAGACAGCUUUGGGGAUGUUUUUACCUGGACGUGCUAGACCUCCUCUGAUUGGUCGGAAAAUUCCCAAAAGUUAUCGUCUGAUGGAGAAACAGAUCGUGGAAGAAGUGACGAGACUUGAAGCGGAGAUGAAACCUCUUUGUCUGACACAGACCCAGUUCCUGGAGAUCAUUGAUAAAAUACCACAGAAACAUAAUGACUUACAAACUGUCGAGGAGACCGCGGCUGUAACAAAAUUUCUAGUUGAAGCUGGUUACCUGCUACAUUUCACAGACCAGCUUGGUGCCCUAGAUACUCUAUACUUCCUAGACCCGGCCUGGCUCUGUGAUAUACUUGUAUUUAUCUUAAUAUCACCAAAUGGAAAGAAAUAUUUGAGACAAGGUAGAGGGAAGAUCAGCAGACAUGAUGCAGAGAGGGUUUAUAUAGAGGCUGGAAAGUUUCCACCUGAGUUUAAAGACCAGUAUAUUGAACUGUUAGAGAGAUUUGAAAUAGCUGCCUCAAUAUCACAGUCAGCAUUUCUAUUUUUUCCAUGCCAACUACCGGUUGAUCCCCCAAUCAUUGAAACCGGAGACGACAAAUCCGGUGCUAAGUCAAUGAGGCGGUUAUACCUGAUGUCAGACUGUCCUAGUGGAUUCUGGAUGAGACUGGUUACUCGUAUGAUGAUGCGUGUAGAACAGUUCGAGAAGAAAGACUGGUUUUUCCGUCCAACGUUAACUCACUCGAUGAGAAUGAUGUCAAUGAGACACGGUACAACAGUGCACAGUAAUCCUAAACGUGGAAGUAGCAUCUAUGGGUUACAAAUAAAGUCUGCCCGGAAGACAUUUUGUCGAGAAUUGAUUCAUGUUAGUCAUGAAGAUGGCAGCUUUUGUGUGGAACCAGCCAUAUUUACAGGUGUGACAGAGGAUGACAGUUUACAACAUGGUGUUCUGAUAACUGAAGUCAGCAUUAGUGGGACAUUUGCUAUCAUUGGUAUAAUUGUUGAUGAAAUCGAGGACAUAAUACAAGAUUAUUAUCCAGGGUUGUUAGAACCGGAUAUAAUGUCAUCCUGCAGCCAUCUUGAGAGAUAUGCCCUUUGUUCUGCGUGUUACCAGGGGCAACCAUUACCGAAUGUUAUAAACCAUUUUACCAUGGAGCAUUGUGCUAGAUUACUUGUUAAUGGAGAUUCUAUAACAUGUCCACAGGGUAUAAAACAAAAUUUAAGUGAACUGGUACCAGAUUUAUUGUUAAAAGAACUACCUGACAAAUAUUUUAUGGACCAGGAUAAAAUUGAACUAGUGGAGUCCAAGGAAAACUGUCUAGGCACUGGAGUAACUGGAUCAGUAUUCAAAGGGAAAUACAAUGGUCAAUUUGUGGCAAUUAAGGUAUAUCGUAGUGACAUACGUAACAGGACAUUCCCGGGAAAAUUUGCUUCUGUUAACAGCAACAGCAGUGAUAGCGGAACAGCCACUCUGUCUACACAGGGAUCUACAGUUGAAGAAGAUAUCUAUGUGAAUGUAGCUCACGCUAGAAGGUCAGAGGUUGAUAUGGAUGAGGCAGAAAGUCUUAAAGCUUUGAAAGCUAUCAAGGAGAUGAGACAGGAAGUUGCCAUUACCAGCAGACUACAUCAUCCAUGUAUAGUUUCUCUGAUAGGGUUAGCUUUCAGACCAAAGUUAAUGAUGGCAUUAGAGUUAGCUCCCCUUGGUAGUCUGAGGGACAUUUUAGACAAGAAGUCAAAUGGACGACCAGUAUUUAACAGAUACAAAAACAAAGAUGAACUGUUUCCCCCACUCUUUGAAAAGGAACUGAUUUUCAAAUUUGUCUAUCAGAUUGCAAAAGGUUUGGAGUACCUACAUACAAAUGCCAUUAUAUACAAGGACUUGAAGUCAGACAAUAUUCUCACUAUGUCCCUGGAUUUAUCUGCCCCUGUCAACCUUAAACUGUCAGACUAUGGGAUAUCUAAAUACAACUGGGGUGGACGUUCAGUGGGCAUGGUGGGGACACCUGGGUAUCAGGCCCCGGAGAUCCUUGAUGGGAAGGCAUAUGAUGAAAAGGUUGAUAUAUUUGCGUUUGCUAUGGUAAUAUACGAGAUCCUGACAGGUAGGAGGCCUUAUGCUGAAUGUGAAAAUCUUGCUCAGAUAUCAAAAGCCAUGAAAAUCAUGGGCAAAAGACCUGAAUUAAAGGAUUUCAACAUAUUCUCGAAGUUUCCAUGGUUAGAGAAGAUGAUGAAGAAUUGUUGGCAUGGUACAGCACAAUCCCGGCCUGCAGCGUCACAUAUAGUGUCCAAGUAUGACAUGCAGAAUGUACAGUAUCUGUCACAAACCUGGGCUGUUGAGCUGCCAGACAACAAGAAACUGAGCAAACACUGUGUGCUUGGUUCUCAUGUAAGUAAUAAGUGUUUUAUUGUCUGUUACGUGCAUCAUUCAUUAAAAGUUCCAGCUGAGAAUACUGCUGUGAUAUUUACAAGGUCAACAACUGGGACAUUGCAGGAAGUGAGCACAUUACCAUUAGAUAGCUGUCCAGUACAGAUCUUAUCUGUCAAACAUGAAAAGGUGGGUAUAUGA